GAUGACGUCAUGUCCUCGCGCCACACAAAGCAGCGGCGACGGUUCUACUGCACGUUGAUGUUUUUUUGUGUACCAGUUUAGCCCACUAGCUUAGCCCACUAGCUUAGCUCACUAGUCUAGUCUACUAGCCCGACCUGGCCGACAGCAGAGAUGUCUGUCACCGAGAUGUUCAGCUACAUUCAGGGCUCCCUGAGCGCCGACCAGGACGUCAGAGAGGAGAUCCGUAAGGUGGUCCAGACGUUGGAGCAGGCUGCCAGAGAAAUCCUAACAGUCCUGCAAAGUGUCCAUCAGCCGUCCGGCUUCAAAGAAAUUCCCAGCAAAUGUGCCAAAGCGCGGGAGUUGUUCUGCACGGUAAGGACUCAGCUCGGCGAGCUGAAGACAAAGUUCCCCGUGGAGCAGUACUACAGGUUCCACGAGCACUGGCGCUUCGUCCUGCAGCGCCUGGCGUUCCUCGCAGCCUUCGUCGUGUACCUGGAGACGGAGACGCUGGUGGUUCGGGAGGAAGUGGCCAAGAUACUCGGCAUCCAGGUGGUGAGGGAGAAAGGCUUCCACCUGGACGUGGAGGACUACCUGGCAGGUGUGCUCAUCAUGGCCAGUGAGCUGUCCCGGUUGGCGGUGAACAGCGUGACGGCGGGCGACUACACGCGACCGCUCCGCAUCUCCAACUUCAUCAACGAGCUGGACUCUGGCUUCCGGCUGCUGAACCUGAAGAACGACCCGCUGAGGAAGCGCUACGACGGCCUCAAGUACGACGUGAAGAAGAUCGAGGAGGUGGUGUACGACCUGUCCAUCCGCGGCCUGGCCAAAGAGGCGGGGGACAAGUAGCGGCACCGGGCCCCGGGUUCGGCCGAGUGACUGAACGUUGGAGGAGGGUGGGGCGACCUGAGGUCCACUUUGUUGUUGUUUUUUUAAGCUUCACCAGUUGUUUGCGGAGCUGAUUCUGGAUCAGCUGGUCAGAUCUCGUUACUUUGAUGUUAAAUCUUAUUCUUGUCUGUUUAAUUUCCAAAGGAAACGAACCCUUCUGUGCAGCGGGGAGGUCUUUUUUUCCCUAUGGAUUCAGAUUUGUUAUAUAUAGUUCUAAACAAACCCAGGAGCCUCGUGGGGGAACCAUUCGACUCAUCAUUCGAUUAAAUGUGGAAUUCAAUAAACACGUUUUACAGCA